GAUACAGAUACAAAUUGCGUAUCAGUAUAAUAAUUAAUAAUGGAGAAGUGGGUUGGGCACGUUGCAUUUGUGACAGGAGCCAGUGCCGGUAUCGGAAAAGCCGUUGCUGAAGAAUUAGUUGAACAAGGACUAAAAGUUAUUGGAUUUGCCCGUAGGAAAGAACUCUUGGAUGAGCUCGAAAAGAAACUCUCCUCCAAGAAAGGAAAAUUUUACGCUUACGCUGGCGAUGCUUCCAAAGAAGAAGACAUUUUGAAAGCUUGCCAAUGGACCAAAGAUAACGUCGGUUCGAUAAGCGUUCUGAUCAACAACGCCGCUAUACUAGGUUUAGCUAAAUUAUCAGAAUGUGAAACUAAAAUAUGGCAGCAACAACUAGACGUUAAUGUAUUAGCGCCUUGUAUAACCGCGAAAGAAGCCAUUAAGCAGAUGAAAGAAAAUAAAAUAGACGGUCAUAUUAUUAACAUUAACAGUACUGCGGGUCAUAAGAUCAUUCCCAAUCAAAAAUUGAAUUUAUACAAUAGUACCAAAUAUGCUUUAACAGCAUUGACAGAAACUUUGAGAUUACAACUUGCUCUGGAAGGUUCCAAAAUUAGGGUAACGAGUAUAAGUCCGGGAGGUGUAAGAACAGAUAUGAUGAAUACUGCUUUAGCUGAAUUCGGAAUACCUGCAGAUUCUACAUUAUCAAUUAAUUUACUAGAACCUACUGAUAUAGCAAAUGCAGUUUUAUAUGUUCUUUCUACACCAGCUACUGUAAAUAUAACCGAACUCACCAUUCAAGCAACAGGAGAAAAAAUGUAAUUUUUUCACUAAAAUAUUGUUUAUACCAAUGCAGUUUUAUACAAAUUGUUAAGUAAAUGCAAUUAAAUAUAGUUAUACUGAAAUCGAUGCAUUU